AUGGCGGGUCCUGCUCCGAAGGGCGGGGUCGUGCCCCCCGCCGGCUCCCUCAGCCACUGCCUGGCCCAGCUGCGCAAGGGGACGGAGCCGGGCCUGGGCCGGGCCCUCCUGGCCCUGCGCACCCAGCACAUCAAGGAGGCCGGCGGCAUCGGCCGCUUCAGGAGCCGCGGGGGGCUGGGGCCCCUCCUGGGGGUCCUGGCCAGCGCCCCCCGCCCGCGACGCACCCUCGACCUGGCCCUCAGCAUCCUGGGCAACUGCUGCACCGAGGGGGGCAGCCGCGCCCAGGUGCGCGAGCUCGGGGGCAUCCCGCCCCUCGUGACCGUCCUGAAAUCUCUCGCGGUGGAAAGCAUCCAGAAUCGAACAGCUCGGGCCCUCGGCAACUUGGCUAUAGACACUGAGAACAGCCAGGCCAUCCAUGAAGCAGGAGCUGUGCCCCUGUUGAUCCAGAUCCUCACCACCUCCCAGGACAGCGAGUGUUUGCAGAGCGUGAUCCGAGCGGUGAGGUACCUGGCCGACACCCCGGCCCAUCGCCUCGCCUUGGCCCAGCAGGGGGCGGUGCGGCCCAUCGCCGAGCGCCUGACUUCCUCCCCGGAUGACGCCGCCCUGGUUGUGGCAGCCGUGCGGGCCCUCCUCGAGCUGACCAAGGGCUGCAGCUGGGAGUGCGCCGAGCAGCUGAGCCUGGGGGGCGGGGUGGCACCCCUGGUGACCCUGGCGAGCCACGAGAAGCAGGCGGUGCGGGAAUCGGCCCUGGCGGCCCUGGCCAACCUCUGCCUGCAAGGCGUGCUGCGGCCGGCUGUGGGCAAUGCUGGCGGGGUGGAAGUGCUGGUGGCCGAGAUCAAAAGGCGGCGAGGCACCGGAGCGCCCAGGGCCUCCCUCCAUUCUCUGGUGCGAGCCCUCUGCCUGCUUUGCCGGGAGGCGCUCAACAGGAGCCGGAUCCGUGAGGCUGGGGGGCUGGAGCUGCUGCUCUCCCUGUUGCGGGACCGAGGCCACGGUUCCUUCCACGCCCGCGUGGUCGUGGCUUUCGUAGCUUUCUUGUAUGACGAAGAGGCCCUGGAGAUCCUGCAGGCCAGGGGGCUGGUGCCUUUGCUGGUGGGGAGGCUGGCGGCCCAGGGCCAGUGGAGCGGCCAGGAGCAAGAGGAGGCUGAAGGAGAGGCCGAGGAACCGGAAGACGAGAGAGAUGCUGCCUCUUUUGACUUCCCCACAGAGGGGCGCCGUGGGGAGCAGGCCAUGCCCGGAGCAGAGUCCUCCAGCUUCCAGAGACUCAGGACCUGGCUCCUUUCUGAAGGCUACAGUCCCGGCGACCUUUCCCCACGGUGGUCCCCUGACACAACCCUUUCUGACCUGGAUGCCCAAGGAUGCAUCAGCCCCAACCAGGAACUGCAAGACGAGCCCCUGGGGCCCUGCCACGCCCCACUGGGGGUCAAAACUCAGUCCAGGGCAGAAUCCCCUGACUUCCUGAACUCCCCGUUGCUGGAUUUGGUGCUCGGAGAACAGCCGAGCUCUUCUGCGUGGGUAAACCCAGCAGAGGGAGAUGGAGCGCGUCCGGAAGAGAGUCUCCCCGCGUCUGCCUUGUCUGUCUCGGAAGAAACCGGGAGCCUCCGUUCAGCACGGUCGCCUUUGCCGGAGACCGGGGAUUUGUCGGGGGUCAAGGAGCACGAAGCAGUUGAGGCCAAUAAACAGCAGAAGGGUCCAGUUAUGGCAUUGCCGGAGGAAAGCUCAGCAAACGCAGCUGGAGAAGCAGAACAGUCGGCUCAGAUUGUACCAGCGAUGGAUGAGAAUGAGCCAGAGGCCGGGAACCUGCACCCAAGUAUAUCGCUUCCGAGCAAGGGUGACCAAAACCAGCCGUUGCCCAGCUUUGUUGCCAAGUCACCGAGUAGAGAAGUGGCAUGUCCGGCACCCAGAAAGCUCCCCCUUCAGAACUUCCCAGGUUCUCCUGAGGAACCCAGGCUACCCACCUUCUGCUGGAAGCGGCGCGGCAAGUUUCGGGUAGCCUCUGAGCACACCACGUCUCCUCAGACAUCACGCCCCGUUGGGGAGACCCCGUCCCCGUUGCUCUCCUUGGCCCUGCCACUCUCUUUCUGUCCCCACGGGGGUGACAGAGAACACGCCCCAGAAGCCUCUGCCCUGCUGCUGCUCUCGCGGUUCUCACAAGCCGAGGAUCCCAGCCGCAGCUUGGUGACGCCGACCGCGCUGCGCGGUCUGCUCCGCUAUCUCACAGGGAGCCCCGCCCCCUCGCCCCGCUGCCUUCGGCUGCUGCACCGCCUCACCUGCAACCCCGCCUGCCUGGAGGCCUUCGUCCGUUCCUUCGGGGCCUCGCUCAUCCGGGCCUGGCUGGUGCUGGGCGUGUCGCCGGAGCAGGCUGCUGACGCCGCUGCUGCUGAACAGGACAACGAGGGGCCAAGGAAUGCCGAGGCGGGAUACCACGACGCCAGGAGAUUCAAGGAGUUAGGUGAGACGCUAAUAAUGAACCUGCGCGUACAAGCAGAGUCCCCUUUUGGCGUGGGAGUCCUCAACCACAUGCUGCUGUCGGGCUCCGAGUCGGACCAGGUGGCCUGUGCUCUGGCCCUCCCCCUAAUCUGCAGGAAGGAUUCCCUUUGCCGGAAGCUUCUCUUGGACCACUCUGGCUUGCGUCUGCUGCUGGGGGCCCUGGUGCGAGGCCCGGAGCCCCAUUUCAUCUUCUACGCCUCCGACUCGCUCUCCCUCCUCCUGGGCUCUCAAGCUCCGCCUACUGCCGGGGCCUCCUCUCCUGCCUUAAAGCGGCCCCGCCUGGACUCCCCGCCGCCUUGUUCUUACCGCCACCUGGUGGACGAAGGCAGGGCUGACCUGCACUUCCAGCUUGACGGCGGCACCGUGGUGCCCGCCUCGCGUCAGGCGGUGAGUGACGCCUCCGAGGUCUUCUGUGCCAUGCUGAGUGGAGGGUUCGCCGAGUCGUGCCGCACCACCGUGUCGCUCCACGGCCUGUCGCUGGAGCCUUUCCUGGCCCUUACGCACUUCCUUCACGGCUGCCGGGGCAAGCCUUGCCUGGUGUUGGGUGUGCCCUUCUCCCUCGCUUUGGCGGAAGACAUUUUCACUGUCGCGGAACAGUAUCUCCUCCCUGACCUCCAGUCUCUGGUUGAUGACGCGGUGUGUCGGGACUUCUUGCACCCUGGGACCGUAGGAGAGGUGUACCGCUUGGCCGAGCGGCAGAACCGGCCCCGUGUGCUCCGGCGGUGCGCCUCCUAUGCGCUCCAGGAGUUGGCAGAACCCACCCAGCAAGCCGCCGUGCUGGCCGAACUGCUCCGAUCGGCUGGAAAUCCCAGUGGCGUGGCUGAGGAGCUGCUAAGGGCGGUCCUGGAGUCCCCGUGGGGGUCUGGUUCUGAGGGGCAGCUGGGCUGA